UGAAACCGGGCCUUCCGUAUCUCACACUAUAGCGAAAGAGAGCUUUGUCUCUUUCUAACCGUCCUCUUAAGAGACAAAGCCGCUCGCUUUCGACAUUUUCACUGUGUUGUAAGAUACCGGAAUUGACCUUCUGGGACUGGACUUUUGAAUUUGUUCGACGAGCGCGACACGCGAACGCACCUCGGGACGGUGCGAGAGUCGGGACGAAAAAAGAAAAGAUAAUAAAAGAAGGAUGCGCGAGGACGCACGUUGUGCCAAAAGGCAAUAUGGCCUCUUGCGUGCGCGUUGCUGGUGCCGAUAGGAUGACCGUAGAUCGAGCGUCCACGUUGCGUUGUCCGCUUUGAGACGAUCCAGACCCGGGUGCAUCCAACUGUCCACGAACGCGUCACGACGGUCGGCGUCUGGUCGGCGUCGCCGUUAAAUCAACCGCUUCGCAGCGCGUCGUCGUGUAAUAUUUGCACAAUUUUGGAUCUCUGUUAAUUUCGCCGAUCCUCAUUUUUCACGCCAGGCCUUCGCAAGGUCGGUUGCGACACUUUACUGUAUACUCGCUGCCGUUAUUCCACGCACAGUUGUCAAGGGUGUCGAGGGACGUCGGUCAACGAGUGCAGACUUGUAGAGUCUACGCUAUCGAAUGGAACAAUGGAGCAUAAGAUUCCGGCCGAUAUCCUUAACGAUCUUAGCAGCCGAUUCAUCAUCAACGUGCCCGAGGAGGAGAGGAAGGACCUGGUGCGCAUUUGCUUUCAAAUCGAAUUGGCCCACUGGUUUUACCUCGACUUUUACUGCACGGAGGAGAAUCCCAAGCUGAGGUCGUGCGGCAUGAAGGAGUUCGCCACUCAUAUAUUCCAGCAUAUACCAUUCCUGAGGCCGAACCUGCAGAACAUUGACAACGUGCUGGAACAGUGGAGGGAAUACAAACAGAAUGUGCCGACGUUCGGGGCGAUUGUGCUGAAUGAGGACAUGACCAAGGUGCUGCUUGUGCAGAGCUACUGGGCGAAGAAUAGCUGGGGCUUUCCUAAGGGGAAGGUCAACGAGGACGAGGAGCCGUUCCAUUGUGCCAUUCGGGAGGUGCUGGAGGAGACCGGGUUCGACAUAUCCAGCUUGAUUGAUAAGAACGAGUACAUCGAGUCGCCGAUAAACGACCAGACGGUGAGGCUGUACAUAAUUUCGGGCGUGCAAAUGGACACCAAGUUCCAACCGAAGACGCGGAAGGAGAUAAAGAACGUCGAGUGGUUCUCCGUGGCGGAUCUGCCCAACUCGAAGAAGGACAUGACCCCCAAGAUGAAAAUUGGCGUCGGGCCGAACGCAUUUUUCAUGGUGGUACCGUUCGUCAAGCGGAUGAAGCGGUGGAUUCAAGAGAAACAGCAACGUGAGAAAAACGCCAUUGCGGCGGUACGAAGGCAGAGGCAUAAAUCGUUGGGCGACGUCGAGACGGUCUCGAAGAACAAACGGCAACAGCAGUCGCUUUUCCACCAUUUCUCGACCUGCCCGCCACAGGUGGACGCCGCGUCUCAUAGCGAGGUUCCCGAUUUCAAGAUUGGCCGUCAGUCCAACACUUCCCCGGCGCGCAGUCGCCGCGGCGCGAACGACGCUAAGAAAGACUUGUCGAAGACGGCACCCAAACGAAAUCUAUUCGGAGAUCAGGAGGAGGAUCGAUCACUCGCGGUUAAACACUUGGCAGACAGCCCUGCUCAGCCCUGCUCAUUUCUAAUCGAUCCUGCCAUUCAGUCGAUCAAAUAUAACGAUUUUACUUACAAAGCGCAACCAUUGGAAAAAGUGAGAGAUUGUCGCAAGAAAAGUCUGCCGGAGGGAAACAUCAAGUCGCUGCUAUUCGGAGAAGCCGCGCGCAAGUUGCAAAAAGAUUUUAAAACCAUUCCACCGCCCCCCUUCGUAGGUCUGGACAGUCCAUCGCUUUCAAUGAAGAAUUACACGGGCAAACGGAAUAAUCCUACCUUCGAGUUUCGCUCGAAGGUCUGGAAUAAUUUCAAUUUCGAUAUCCAGGCGAUACUAAAAGUUCUCAAGUAGUUUUACGUACGACAGCUCGGAAGAAUGGAUUACCAAAAUAGGGAAAGUAGUAGAUAUCGAUUUAGAAUCGAGUUAAACUCAUCUAUUGUAUUAGUCUAUUUCUUAUCUUUGCUGGUCAUGAACAAGUUAUGCGCGUUCAAAACG